UUCCAUUGUCCAAACAAUUGUUCACUUUGCUUAAAAUCAUUUAAGAAGAAAAUACAAUUUUGUUGUAGCUUAUUACCUCCCGCCCCCAGAAGAAAAUGUGGAAGAAAAAAGUAACGACAUUUUAUACCUUCAGUGACCUUGGAAGCACUUGAGCCGCCAUCACAAUUGGUUCAUCGUGGUAAAGAGAACCUUUCGACAUGUUCGAUGCAACGAUCGCGGUAUGUUUGUUUAAAGAUAAUUUUGUAAUCAUGAAAGACUUUGUCUAUUCGUGGCUGUUGACGUAAUUGGUAAAGAUGUAUAUAGGGCCUAAUUUGUAAAGAAACACAUAAACAACCUUAAUAUUGAAAGUUGAGAGUUCCUAACAAGAUGGCCUCUUGGAUUCGUUUACUCAUCGUUGCCAUAAUCGUCGUUUGUUUCCCCAUGUCAUCUUAUUCGAUGAUGACCCCGACGAUGAUCAGGGAUCUGCUUGCCGUCGGAGAGUCUCCUUAUACUCCAUUUGAAGACAGGAUGGGAAGUAAUGUUUCGAUAGAGUGUAGGAAAGAUCUCGCCAAGCUGGUUGCACAGAAACCCAUCGGGAAAAUAGCACUUGCUUUAGACGCGACAGGUAAACCGAGUGCAGGUUUUCUCGUUGGGAACUGGGCGUGGUUGGGCCAUUUUGAUGAAUGCAUGGCCAUUGAUACCUUCAGGUACUGUUUAUCAUACAUCCGUCUCAAACUGCCAUCAGUUCCCGCCAACAUUCGUUUACAGUGGGGUAUAUGCACUCCCGAAAGCUGCUCAAAUUCUGAUGUUCUUAAUUCUCUCAACUUGUUGUUAGACCUAAUAUCCGCACCUUUUAACGACACCGACAUAUCAGCAGCAGCGGUUCAAUGCUCAGAAGAACCUCCUGCACCGUUCACCAAAGGCUUCUGGGCAACUCUAUCAUUGAGUUGUUUCUUUGCCUUGCUAAUGAUUAUCGGGGCCCUACAAGAUGAAUUGCGGAUUUGGCGGUCUAAGGACAGGCAUGGAAGGCCAACUUUAUCAAAGCCCUCACAGAACGUACCUGCAUCACAAAACACUAUCAUAACGACUGCAGAAAUGCCAACAGAAGUCUACGAGGUGAGGGGAAAUCAAGACAACGGAACACAGACCGAUCAGGGACUAACCAACGAGGGGUUCAGGAUGGAGAUUGACGGCGAUGGCGAAAACACGAUGGACCAAUCCAAAGGCAAGGAACUUGAUAAUGACAUCAGUUCAAAAAAGAAUACUUCCAACUCAACAUCGGAUGAGCAGAGUAAACAGUUAUCUCGAGUCAUUCGGUAUGCUGGGCGAGUUAUUUCUCGGGUAUGUCAAGAAGUGACUAGAAGCUUCGCUUUCAACCUCAAUCUAGAAAAUCUGAUGAACACCAAGACGACGAAUGCAACCAUUCGGUGUUUGGAUGGCAUCCGGGUACUUAGCAUGACGUGGAUAAUACUCGGUCAUGUGCCCUCCUUCCUGAUGGGCAAUACACUCUAUGCAAACGCUCCCUUCGCUCUGGAAAUGCUAACCCAUUUUGGAUUCCAGGUUGUCGUUAAUGCUUAUCUAGCUGUCGAUAGUUUCUUUUUCUUAAGUGGCUUAUUAGUGACGUAUAUGACCUUAAAACGAAUGGUGAAAACAAAUGGACAUAUACCUUGGUUUUGUUUCUACUUUCAGCGUUACUGGAGACUCACCCCGGCGAUGGCAUUUUCCAUGUUGAUUUGGAUGUAUAUAAGACCACUGCUAGGAGAAGGUCCAAAGUGGCCAGGCCAAGUCAUUGACCAUGGCUGCAGCGAAGGGUGGUGGGCAAACUUACUCUACAUCAACAAUUUCGUUCACGGCAGAUGUAUCAGUUGGGUUUGGUAUCUGGCAAAUGACUUCCAGUUCUUCGUUAUCAGCCCCAUUUUCAUACUUCUGUUAUACAAGAAACCUAGGAUUGGCUUUGGAGCUCUGAUAGUCACAUGCGUAGCAAGUGUUACAACCACUACUGUUUUGAUGGUCAUCAAUGAUUUCAACGCUCGUCUAAACGGUAUGCUGGACCUAAAUUCAAAUGCCGCCGAAUUUCAACAGAUGAUAUACGUGAAGCCAUACUGUCGCAUCCCACCCUAUCUGGUCGGUAUGGCUGUGGGGUAUCUUCUUCACAUGAACCGAGAUAAAAGAAUCUCCAUGCAUCCAAUAAUGGCUGUUUUUGGUUGGAUAGCUACAUCUGCCAUAGGGAUGGCGUGUGUGUAUGGUUUCUACCCAAGUUACCAUGGUAACGAAUUAUCUACUGCUGACAGCGCGGCCUACAUGGCGUUGUCGAAGUUUGCUUGGGCUGUCAGCGUGGCCUGGGUUGUUAUCGCUUGUCACCAUGGAUAUGGAGGCUGGGUCAAUUCGCUGUUGUCUUGGAGAUUUUGGAUACCCCUCAGUCGGCUCUCAUAUUCCAACUACUUACUUCAUCCCAUCAUACUGACUAUCAUCACUUUUAAUUUCCGAAGCACGUACUUUUAUACCAACAUCAUGUUCGCGUUUGGAGUAUCGGGAAUAAUCCUCGUGUCGUACGGUGCAGCUCUCUUCCUGUGGCUGGUGGUAGAGAUUCCAUUCAGCAACCUCGCCAAGUCACUCAUGGGAUCAUCCAAGAAGAACAGCUUAAUACGUUAGGCAUAAAACAAUUAAUUUGCCACAUCAUAAUAAUCAAGAUGAUAUCAAUUAACCCGUUGAAUGCAAUGAUCAGCAUUCCCCUACUGUACUAAUGGGACCACUCUAUGAAUGAUAGGUGUAUGACUAUGAUGAUGUAUUACACUGGUCAAUACAGUAAUUUCAGACCUGACGAGAACUUCCAUCACGCAGUGAUUGUGUGAAGGCUUAUUUUGUCCACUCAUAAUAUAUAUAUUGGACAUAGUCAAUUAGGAGACGAACACAAAAUUCAUAAUCCUGCUCCGUUAAGGACGAAGAAAAAACAUAUUGCUUUUAUUUCAUAGGUCUACAGAAACGCGAUAAUAGAUUAUUAAAGACAAUACAAUCUUUAUUUCAAAUUGUCGAUGUAUGAAAUAGGAGGGAAAACAUCUACAACUAAAGAUGUUAUGAUCUUUUAUUUAAAUCACAGGGAUAAAAUCCAGACGGACUGCGGUCAAUCCAACUAAAUUCUGGAUUUAAAUUCUUGAUAUUCAUUUUCAAAACUCAAAGGAUGUUAAUAAAAAUCUUAAAUUUUAAAUAUUCAGUUGUUUGAAUUUAAAAUCUGGAGUAAAUAUUCGGUCAACCGUAGCCGAUCUGUAUUUGUUAUAGACCCAUAAAAUUUAGUGUAUCUUAAGAUGUAUUUUAUUUUCCUUCAGCCUUACUGUAUGGAGGAUAUCAUACCAGAGUAAUCCUAAAACAGGAAAAUAUGUCUUGCAUAUAAAUCCAUUAGCCAAAAUUACCUGUUUACUAUUGAUAAAGGCGUAUACCUCAAAGAAAAAAAAAGACAUUUAAAAAUUCUAACACCAGUUGAUGAUUAAUAAUAAUGGAAGUCAGUUAGAAUAUGAGGGCAACCAGGCGAAAAAAAAGAAAUAGUUUAGACAUCCGUUAAUUUCCUAAACAAAACACCUUUGAACCAAAUUUGCAAUAGUUGUGCAUACAAUUAUUUUAAAAAGAAAUUCCUUUCGAAACAAUAUGUAUUAUAGAUAUUUGAUAAUUCAUAUAUAUGGCCAAUCAAAAUUUCCUAUAGUCUUAACCAACACCCAUUAUUAUUACAUAUUAGUUAAUCACAUUAAAUGGUUUGGAAAAAAUAUUGAGUCAUUGUGAUAAUAUCUGAAUUCCAAAAAAGAAUAUGACUAAUAUAAAAUGCAUGUGUAUAUACGAUAGGUAAACAAAUCUGAUUAGAAAGAAAUAUGAUAAUUAUGAUUAUAGGUUGGUAAAGCUUCAUAGAUUACAAUAAAUUAUUUUGACAUGGCGACUUUUAACAUUCUAGGAUUUAAUUUGGCAAGAUAACCUAAGUCACCAUGAUAAUAAGUUACUUCUUUUUUAAUCUUAAACUUCUAUACGUUUGAUGACACAUUACAGUCAAUAUUAGUAUGGUUGAAAUAAAUGCUAUUGUAAUUAAUGGAGAAGAACAUGCCAAAAAAUAUAAUUUGACAGUCCUGGGAUUUCUACUUUGGUGUCGUACUCUUGUACGCUUUGUCUGUAGAUCAAUUCAUAUUAUUUUACACAAGUAUUGACUUUUGAUUUUUUGCAACUCACUUCAAGUAAUACAUAUAUGAUUGUAUAAACUGUUAACAAUUAUAAUUGUUUUUAUUAUGAAA